AUUGAUGUGGGAAGGAAAGAAAAGGAAAAUGUGUCAGUUUAGUUUGGGAGAUACCAAAAUAGCUAUAGGACCUGAAAUGCAGAGCCUGGAACUAGCUGAGUAGAGAAGUGAGAGCGAGAAGCAGUGGGGCUGCGUGGGAAGCUUGGAAGUAGGAGAGACAGUUCUGAUGAGCUGGACUCGGAAGUGUGGUUGGCGUAGGGGGCUGUGAGGCUGACUGAGGAGACUAAGGGAGGAGUCUGGCAGUGGGAGCCAGCAAGGAGAUGGCUUGUGCAUGAAGAAGACGGAACAGCAGAAUCAGGGUGAGAUCUAAUGGGUGUUUGGGAAGCUGGAAAAUGGGAUUUGCUGGGCAAGCUGCCUGGGGAUGAUGUGAGGAAGGCUUUUGGAAGUGAGGUUUCUCUUAGGUGAUUUUCAUCAUUGGAAACCUUGCAUUACACAGAACUCCAUACUGGGUUCUCCCAUCAGAAAACGUCUUCUGAAGAAGCCUUUGGACUUCAUCAUAAGAAAGACAGAUUUCCACUUUAGAGAUCACGUCAUACUCCUUCUUGUGAAAAUAAUAUGAACCAGAAAGUGAUAGUUUUCCUUCUCCCAAAUUUUAUAUUUGGGAUACUUCUUUUUGGAUUUUUCUGUAAGAAACAAAAAACCCUAACAGGUGCUUUUCCUGAUCCUGCUGAAAAUUGGGUGGCGAUUCAAAACGGUCGCAAAAGCACACUGGCUUCUGUCUGCCUGAAGAACAACCUUAAUAAAUUAAAAAGCAAAUUGGAUUCUCAUGUUGCAAACCAGCUCUUUGUGGAGCACAAGCAUAAAUUUAUCUACUGUGAGGUGCCCAAGGUAGGCUGCUCCAACUGGAAGAGAACUAUUUUUCUUCUCCAAGCAGACUUGAAUGCAGAAGCUUCUGAAAUCGAGCACGACCACAUCCACCAAACAUCGCUGAUCAAAAAGUUGGUGUCUUAUCCUCCUGCCAUACAAAAGGAAUUUCUAAACAAUUACACCAAAGUGAUGUUCACCAGACAUCCCUUGGAACGGCUGGUUUCAGCUUAUAGAGACAAACUUCUGCAUUCUGAGCCGUUCUACAGUAUCACUGUUGCUAACGAGAUUAGGGCAAUGUUCAGGAAAAACAAAAAUUCUUCUGAAAAAGUGAGUUUCCAGGAGUUUGUCAAUUUCAUUAUAGCAAAACCGCCAAAUACUCUUGACAUUCACUGGAAACCAAUGUUUCUGCUCUGUGAUCCUUGCAACAUUCACUAUGAUAUUCUGGGUAAGUAUGAAACUCUUGCAUUAGACUCUGAGCAUGUUCUGAAGGUCAUUGGAGCACCAGAGAGCCUGCAGUACCCCAGUUUGAAGAGAUAUGGGUCCGAGAAACGAACUAAUGGUGAUAUCACCUUGGAGUAUCUCAGACAAUUGACCUCAGAACAAAUUGAGAAGAUCAAAAAAUUGUAUCAGAUGGAUUUUUUUUUGUUUAACUAUACUAUGAAAUAUGAAGAUUAUUUUUCCCUGAAUGACUAAUGUAGGUUAAACAAAGAACAGUUUCCUUCGUACAAAAGUGGGCUGAACUUGUCCUCACAGGUGCUUGAUAGGUGGGUUGGUGACUGACUGCUGCUGAGAUUUUCCUGAAAUUUGUAGAUACGGUUUAUCAUUCUAAACACUCUUAUAAAAAAGCCUGCCACAAUCUCUUGUACCAUACAGUACUUUACCUAUGAAAUUAUUGUCUUCCUGUUGAUCAUUAGUGGCAUAUGUUUGAUUUGUGAAAACUGUUUAUAAAUGAUAGAUUUUGGUCCAUUGGUAAGAGACAUGGGAAGGACGAAGAAUGUUGUUUUUCACAAUGAAUAUUUUAGAACACCAUUUUUAUAUAAAUUAUUUUUUUAUUAGAAAAAAGACAUAAGAAGUAAUAAAUAAUCUGCUUGAGAGUCAAACCACUCUUUGUCUGCAAGAGGCUUAAUCAUGAAUCCUGUAAAAAAGGAACAAAUAACUUCAGAUACUUGAAGCUGCAUUACACAGAAUCUAAUACCUGAUUAUCUUCCCCUCUAGCAAUGCUCUCAUCACAGCCCACCAGUCUCAUCCCUCAAGCAGCACAGUUGUCAGCAGUCAAGACAAAAUUUCCAUCAUAGCUCUUAAAAAUUUUCUUAUGAGCAGAUCUGGUGUUCAUGGUGACUUUACAAACUCUUUUAACCACUUUUGUGAGCAUUAUGGUCUGAUUUUAGAGGGAAGGUCUGAAAAAUGCACCUUUUUUUAAAAAAAAGAAAUAGCGAUACCUUGUAAACUAUACAAAUGGGGUGGUGCAGGAUCUAAAAUCUCAGUGGAAAGGUGACUCUUAUUUAAUUCUCCAAAAGCACGUACCACACAGUCAAAUGACUGCCCAGUCAGUACAGUGGGGACAAUGUCUGGGCUUUCCUAUUUGUGCCUGUUGGAGCCCAUGAGCCCUUGGGACUUACCUGAGUAUGGCACUUAGGCAGAGCUGGGUAACCUUGGAUAAUGCGCUUGUUCUACCUGUUCCUUUCUCACUUCACAGGAGAAUGAGCGCAAAUAAAUUGUGGAAUUGUGGUGAGGGGAACAAUGAAACAUGAGAGAAGCAACUCAAGCCAUUAGCCACUUCUUAUAUUCCUAAGUUACUUCUGUUUUAGAUCACUGAGAAGUCUAUGACUGCUACCAUAUUAAGCAUGAGAUUUGUCCCUUUUUUUUUUCAAAUCUAUUGCCUAGUCACAUUCAAAGUUACUUUGUGGCCAUGUUAAUUGUAACAAGUUUUACAAAGUAAUUGUGACUAUUAGUACCACCUUUAGGAGAUGUCAGUCUCUCAGGAGCUAACCUGAAAAUCUCUCAAACGCACCGAGUUCCUCUCAACUAUACCUGCAAAUGUACAAAGGCUGGCAGGCUAGUCUUGGACCCAAAGUUGGUUCUCACUUUUCAUUACAUAGAAAAGGACAGGGACAAAAUUGCUUAAUCUGCACUGCAGACACCAAUUUGUACAGCCUUUGCUGCAAGCAGCAUAGCUAAAGGAGAGGGAAAAGGAGAUGGUGAAAAACAGAUGCAGUGGGAUUUAAGUUUCAAGGGUUGUGAAGAGACUUCCCAGUGUAGGGAGUGCAAUGCAGGGGUUAUCUACUUCAGAGGAAGGUGCAGUGAUAUAUUAGUCAUCAGCUGGAGACAGUGAUGGCCAGAGAAGGAAGCUGUCUGCAUCCCUCCUGGACGGCAGUGGUGCACAAACCAGGACUACCAUUCAGUACAUCUGGCAGGCCUUGCAUUGCUAACUAUUUCAUAAAGGGGGCAGAUUUGGCACAAGGAGAGAUACAAAGCGAGAAGACCAGCAAGAACAGUGAACAAUUAUUUUUUAAAACAUAGCCUAUGAUUUUAAGAGGAAUGAUUCAUGGUUCUGGAUCUUAGCCUCACCACCCCCAUAUUUGAUGUCCCCACAGCCCUAGUAUCCCCUGAUUACUGGAUUACUCAUGACACUCUGGCAACCCUGUAGUUCAUGUAGAUUUUUUUUUUUUACUUUUUAGUUUUGCUGAGGCAGAGGAAGCUGGAAAUUACUUCCAUCAAAGUUGAGGCUAUGCAGAAGGAUGCAGACUCUCUCUUUUUCCUGAAUCAGAACCAUCUCCAGCUACAUGCUUCUUUCUGCUUUCUUUGACAGAUCAUGCAGAGAUAGAGGGGAAUAAGAUUUGCUUCAUAACUCACUUCUACACAGUAGAGCUCUCCAGAGCUCUAAGUAUAUCUGAAGCUGUAAGUAUAUCUAAAAAUACUUUAGUUUUCUGAAACCACCAGCCAGCCUAGGAAAACUCUGAAGAAAUUAUACUGACAGAGUUUGAUAGGUGUCUUUGCUGUCAGCACUCUAGUGUUAACACCCCCCUCCAGUUUCUUGCUGUUAGAUGUGAGUGGCUUUCUGUUCUUAUUUCCUCUUUCACACAGGAUCACGUAUUCUUCCCACAGUGGUGACAGAAAACUGAUGGCUAAUUCAUUCAUCACAAGUGCUAGUCAGUAACAAAAGUGUAUCUAUUGAAGCAGAAAAAUCUCUGUAACUAUUCACAAGGGACUUUGAGUUUUGACAUUUGCCAAUAGGAAACUGUAAGUAGCACAUUGCCUUGAAUCACUGGCUGCUGUAAUGCAGGUGUGGCUCUGAACAAAAAAAACCUGCAGAGGACAUGUGCAUGCAUGUGUGCACAUAUUAACAACAGUUUUAGGAAACAGCAACAUACAAGAAUGAUAUAAAUUAUGGAUUAUCAACAGUAACAAAAUGAAAAUAAUGGGUUGAUAUCUGUCGGAAAAUAGAAAAAAAUGCAUUCUUGAUAUUGUAAUGUAGUAAAAAUUGAUGUUGGCUCUGGACAUUGUCCUAGUCAGCCCACAAGAAUUGCAAGACACCUGUAAACUUUAUGAUGAAAAUUAUAAUAUGACUGUCUCUUUGUGGCCUGGCAGAGAGAUUUCCUGUACUGUCUUCCCUAGAAGUGCACUGGCCAGAACAAGGCUCUAAACUGAGAUGGACUCCUUCCUGGCUUUUGCCCAGAGAAGGACCUCCAGUGGAGCUUCUUUCCUUUGGAUGCUAACUUGGGGUAUUAUUUUCCUGGGAGAAAAAUGGGUGCUUGCUGUUGGGAGCAAGAGUGUAGGCAGUGUGGAAAGGCUCAGGGGUCCUGGGGUGGAUUUGAAGGGGUAGGGAGUGCCAUAAUUUGUCUUCAGAUUUAUUAUUAUAUGCCUGCGAUAUGACUAUUGUUAUAUUUCAUUGCUAAUUACCUUAAUAAACUGUAGUGAGUUAACACAUUAA